AUGCAGUCUACUGAAACUAAAAAAGUAAACUUUCCAUUAAAUAAAUUAUGUACUUGCUUAUACAAAUUUGAGUAUUUUGUAUUGGAUACGCGUGCUAAUCGAUCAACACAGUCGGAUUUAGGGAUAUUUCGACUGGUCUCUCUAAUGAUCUAUCCGUGCGCGCUGUAUUUAAAUAGAAACACAUUGAUUCUGUAUUUCUUUCUUUUGAUUUUAAGAAUGGCUGUAUAUUCGGGUUAUAUAUUAAGCUGUUUCUUAUAA